AUGUCGUCCUUCUUCCGCAGCGCCGCCGACUCGGACAGCUCGUCGUCCGCCUCGUCCGACGAGGAAGAGCUCCGUUCCUCGGGAUCGGAAUCCGAGUCUGACGCGCCCGCGCCCAAGACCGCGCCCGCCGCCAAGCCCAAGCGCAACCUCCUCCGCAAGACGGGGAGCGACAGCGACUCGAGCGACUCGGACAGCGAGUCGGAGGACGAGUCGGAGAGCGAGUCGGAUGAGGAACCGAUGCAGCAGGAGACCAAGAAGCCUGCUCGUUCGCGUUUCCUUCGUUCCGAGGGCGCGGCGGCCGACUCGGACGACUCGAGCGACGACGAGCGCGCCAAGGUCGUCAAGAGUGCGAAGAGCAAGAGGGCGGAUGAGGUCGAUGCGAGUGUCAAGACGAUCGAGAACGGAGCAAAGAUCAACGACUGGGUCACCAUCUCGAACGAGUUUGACAAGCUCGUCCGCCUCGCCGCUCGGCAGACCAACACGGCCGAGCCCAUCCCCGUCGGGUUCUUCAAGGUCCUCUCCUCGCUCGACGAGAUGGUCGCCGCGGCCCAAGGGAACCGCAAGAAGAUGAACGCGACCAACGCCAAGGCCCUCAACUCGAUGAAGCAAAAGGUCAAGAAGGCCCAGCGCGAACAUGAGACCCAGCUCGCCAAGUACCGUGCCGACCCGGAGGAGUUUGAGCGCUCCCUCAAUGCGCCAGCUGUGGCGGCGGCUGCGGCUGCGGCGGCUGCGUCCGUGCCGAAGAAGAAGGGCCCGAUGGCUGUUGCGGCGGAUGCGGAGGGCGACGACGACGGGUUCGAGACGGUCGGCGCGAAGGGUGCCAAGGGCGCUGCGGGCGCCAAGGAGCCCACCUCCUCGGAGGGGAUCUACAAGGCCCUCGCGCAGGUUCUCGAGGCUCGUGGACGCAAGAACACGGACCGCGGCGAGCAGAUCCGUACCCUCGAGGGGUUGCUCAAGGUCGCCACGACUACCUACCAGAAGGUCCGCGUCAUCCUUGCGCUCAUUGCGUCCCACCUCGACUACAACCUCGCUACCUCGGCGUACAUGCCGCUCGAGUCGUGGACUGCCGCAAGGGAGCAGCUCGAUGCGCUCGUCGCGAUCCUCACGGAGGACCCGUCGUACGCCGUUCGCGAGAACGCGCCCGACUACGAUGACCAGGUCGAGCGUGCGCCCAGCCAGGACGAGCCCGUCGUCGUCGUGAGGGGAAGCGUCGUCUCGCUCGUCGAGCGCCUCGACGACGAGUUCAUGAAGAGCUUGCAGAACCUCGACCCGCACCAGGGCGAGUACAUCGACCGCCUCAAGGACGAGAAGGUCAUCUACGCCACGAUCGUCGGCGCCCAGGUCCUCUUUGAGAAGACGGGCGAGCGCGAACACCUCGACCGCACCGUCAUGCGCCGCCUCGAGCACAUCUACUCCAAGCCGGACCUCGUCACCCGCGCGCUCGAGGCGAGCCUGCCCUCGGUCGCGAGCAAGUCGACCAUCUGGGCGUCCCAGGUCGGCACCUCGACCGAGUCGUCGUUCUCGGCGCUCGCGCUCGUCCGCGCGCUCUGCAUCCGCCUCUACAAGACGGAGAACUCGCUCCUCCGCACUCGCGCCAUGCUCUCGCACAUCUACCACUACGCCCUCCACGACGACUACUACACCGCGCGCGACAUGCUCCUCAUGUCGCACCUCCAGGACACGGUCGGAAACGCGGACGUCUCGACCCAGAUCCUCUACAACCGCACCGUCGUCCAGGUCGGCUUGUGUGCCUUCCGCCUCGGCUUGAUCCGCGAGGCCCAGUCCACCCUCCAGGAGAUCUUCGCCACCCAGCGCGUCAAGGAGCUCCUCGCGCAGGGCGUCCAGGCUCAGCGCUACACGACCCUCACGCCCGAGCAGGAAAAGGCCGAGCGCCAGCGCCAGGUCCCCUUCCACAUGCACAUCAACCUCGAGCUCCUCGAGGUCGUCUACCUCGUCUCGUCCAUGUUGCUCGAGGUCCCGCUCAUGGCCCAGGCCGGCUCGGACCCGGAUCAGCUCAAGAAGAAGGUCGUCUCGCGCACGUUCCGCCGCAUGCUCGACUAUGCGAACCGCCAGGUGUUUGUCGGACCGCCCGAGAACAAGCGCGACCACGUCAUGCAGGCGACCAAGGCGCUCCAGCAGGGCGACUGGCAAAAGUGCGUCGGGCUCAUCCACGCCAUCAAGGUGUGGAGCUUGAUGCCGAACGAGAAGGACGUCAAGGACAUGCUCGCGCGCAAGAUCCAGGAGGAGGGACUCCGAACAUACCUCUUCACGUACUCGUCCAUCUACUCGACCCUCUCGCUCGCACACCUCGCCUCCAUCUUCGACCUCCCCCUCUCGACCGCCACCUCGAUCGUCAGCAAGAUGAUCUGGGACGAGACCCUCGCCGCCUCGCUCGACCAGGUCGCCGGCGUCGUCGUCCUCCACCACGCCGCGUCGUCGUCGUCAUCGGGAUCGGUCGCAGCAGACGGCGGCGAGCUCUCGCACCUCCAGCGCCUCGCGCUCCAGCUCGUCGACCGCGCGACUCAGCUCACCGACUCGUCAGAGCGCUACCUCGAGUCCAAGCUCUCGCAGGGCGAGCAGCGCGCCGACGGUGUCCGCGGUGACGGACAAGGCGGGGGAGAUCACCGUGGCGGCAGGGACGGGCAGCAGCGCGAGCGGCGCGGUGGCGGACGGGGUGGACGCGGAGGAGCGGGUCGGGGACGGGGAGGUGCGAUGGAUCGCUUCAACUCGGGUGCGCUUGGGCGGACGGUGCAGGUGUAG